AUGGACAAAGUUGUCCUCCUGCUGUCAGUCCUGUCUCUGGGCGUCUCCUCUCAACCAAUUACAGAUAGCCAGCGUCUGUUCUCCAUCGCUGUCAGCAGAGUUCAGCACCUCCACCUGCUCGCUCAGAGACUCUUCUCUGACUUUGAGAGCUCUCUGCAGACGGAGGAGCAGCGUCAACUCAACAAAAUCUUCCUGCAGGAUUUCUGUAACUCCGAUUACAUUAUCAGCCCCAUUGACAAGCACGAGACUCAACGCAGCUCUGUUCUGAAGCUGUUAUCAAUCUCCUAUCGAUUGGUUGAGUCUUGGGAGUAUUCCAGUCGUUCUCUGUCUGGAGGUUCUGCUCCGAGAAACCAGAUUUCACCUAAACUGUCUGAACUGAAGACAGGAAUCCUCCUGCUUAUCAGGGCCAAUCAGGACGGAGCAGAGAUGUUUUCCGAUAGCUCGGCCCUCCAGCUGGCUCCUUAUGGAAACUACUAUCAGAGUCUGGGAGCUGACGAAUCACUGAGACGAACCUAUGAACUGCUGGCCUGCUUCAAGAAGGACAUGCACAAGGUGGAGACAUACCUGACGGUGGCUAAAUGUCGACUCUCUCCGGAAGCUAACUGCACCCUGUAGCCCUGCCUCUCCACAGUGAAGCCCCCCCCCCAGGAUGAUCUAAUCCUGUGCGUUCUGUAGCUCCGCCCCUAUGUUAGCCGACUCUGCUAACUAACAUUAGCAUUAGCAUUAGACUGUCAGGUGCUGAAGCCCAAACUG